UCACUAUUCUCACGUCAGUGUUGAACUGUUAAAGCGAUUUUUUUUUAAUAUCAAGUACAACAAAGAUAAAUCUUUAUUGAAAUAACAGUUUUUAUUAGAUUUAGGAAUAUUAUACAUAAUUACACAAAUACUGCUGCAACACUUCUAAAUAUUAGAAAGAGACAAAAAGUGUGGUUAUGUUUACGUAGUUUUCAUAAAUAAAUAGACAACAAUGAUACCUCCUGUAGCACCUGGACAGGCUGAAGAAAAACAAAAUAUGGUUAGUUGGAAGAACACGUUCAGUAUGAGACAAAUCAGUCUGAUGAAUCUCGCCGCUUCUCAGUUGGGGGUAAAAAACGGGAGUAGGUCUGCAAUUCCGAAUUGUAGAAGAACGUACAGCAUUACCAGUCCCGCCAAAUCGUUGGAUCUUUUAAGACAGAAUUUACAAAGUGCCAUUAACAAAGACAUAGAAUCGGUUAUAAGAAAGUAUUUGGAGAAAUUUUUUCAACCCGCUAUUAACAACAUUAAAAUUAAUUUGGGUAAUGACAGUGUAACUGAAGACCAUGUGAAGGAAGUGUGCAAACAGAUGCUGGAAGAUGCUAAAUUGAUGUACAAAUUUUCACCAGGGUCACGCGAUAGUUCACCUUAUGAUUACAGUGACUCUGAAGCUAGUACAACAGAUGGAAAAUGUGGUCACAAUAGCCCUCUUCAUAGAAAAAGGAAAGGAUCUGAUACUGAUUCAGAGACAAACAGCAAACGCCACAAGUCACAGUUUUUUUACAUGACUGAAUGUGGCAAAUACAAGGUCCCAAUUAAAAGAGAAGGUGUAAAGUGGAAUCCUGACAGAAUCACCGAAAAUACUUUGUUCAUAAUGGGCCCUAGAGCCAACAAGGUUUUAGGGUAUGGACAGACAAGGGGGCGUCUCUAUGCCCGACAUCCUGAUUUAGUUCGCUACUCUGGCGACCAGGAAGAUAAAGAGUGGUUAUCAGCUAAAAAUUUAAUGCCACCAAGUGGCGGAAAGGCAUAUCUGAUGAUUUUAGAAGAUAUCAAAGAAUUAACAGAAAGCGAUGAAUACAAAAACAAUCCCAAUUUGCAGUUGCACGAGUUGAAGGGUUUUAUAGCACCACAAUUUUUAGUCAACAAGGUCAAAUUAUUCAUUCAAAAUUUUAAGACUGAUAAGAAACCUUUUAUGGGUUUAGAUUUAUUUGAUUUCCGCAGUCAGUCAAUUACUUCACCAAAUACUACACCAGAUUCGGGCCCGUCUACGCCUUCUGAUUCUGUACACGUGGAAAGUCAGACAGGAAGUACAAGUUCUAAGCAGUCUGAAAAUAAUUUUGUUAAUAUUCCUGAAAUGAGUCCUAAUUCAAACCAUUCAAUUAUUUCAAGCCAAAGUCCUAUACAAAAUUCUGGGUUGCUCUCUCCCAACAUGUUGAUGACGAUUGCGAAUAAUACGGACGGUAGUGGACCCGUUAUGAUUCUAAAGGAGAAUACACAGAAUGAUACUUGUUUAACGAGUAUUUUAGCAAGUGAUAACUCACAAGAUUUUUAGCCCCAUUUUAUAUGUUAGAUACUUUAUUUUUGUAUUUGUUUUUAAUUUAUUUUGUUGAAUGCAUGUGUAUUACCCCGUUUUACAAUAAAUACGUAAUGAAGUUGUUUUUUUUCAA